UUUUCAGACAACUAUUACCGGGCAGAACUGAUUGAUGCACUAGCAAACUCUGUCACUCCAGCAGUUAGUGUGAACAAUGAAGCCCGGACUUUGGACAAUUUAAAUCCUGAUAUACGCCUUAUUCUUGAAGAGAUUACCCGAUUCUUAAACAUGGAAAAACUGCUACCCAGUUACAGACACACAAUUACAGUCAGCUGUUUAAAUGCAAUUCGGAUCCUGCAGAAGAACGGCCAUGUCCCAAGUGACUCUGCUGUCUUUAAAUCUUAUGCAGAAUACGGCCAUUUUGUAGAUAUUCGAAUAGCAGCUUUGGAAGCGGUUGUUGACUACACAAAAGUUGACCGAAGUUAUGAGGAACUGCAGUGGCUGCUAACUAUGGUCCAGAAUGAUCCAGUGCCCUAUGUCAGACAUAAAAUAUUAAACAUGUUGACAAAGAAUCCACCAUUUACGAAGAACAUGGAAUCUCCUUUAUGCAAUGAAGCUUUGGUGGAUCAACUCUGGAAGCUUAUGAAUUCAGGUACGUGCCACGACUGGAGGCUACGCUGUGGUGCUGUCGACCUGUACUUCACCCUGUUUGGUCUUAGCAGGCCUUCCUGUUUACCCCUGCCGGAGCUCGGCUUGGUCCUUAACCUCAAAGAAAAGAAAGCUGUGCUGAACCCAACGAUAAUCCCUGAGCCCGGAGCCUGUGGCCCGGAACCUCCCAACAAUCCAAACUCUCUGGGUCAAAUAAUUGGCUUCCCAACCACAGAAGAUGAUCACCUGAGUAAGGAAAUAUCAAUCCUUCCCCUUCCACAUCAUCAGGGGUUGAAGAGGAAAGCUGAUACACCUCUUGGGUCUCCAUUGGAACCUGGACAGAUACUUGAGAAGACUGAAGACAGCAAGGUUAAGCUCAAAAUAAGGUUUUCAAAUUCUCAAGAAGAAGAAGAGAUUGAUAUGGACACGGUUCAUGACAGUCAAGCUUUUAUCUAUCAUCAUUUAAAUAUGUUGGAAAGACCAUCAACACCAGGUAAAGAACAGUCUUCCUUGGAGGCAAACAUGUUGCCGGCACCUCUGCCUUCUCUGGCUGGUUUUGCUAAAGAGUCCGGCUCUUCCAGGCAUGGUGAGCACCACCAUCACCACCACCAUGAACACAAGAAGAAGAAGAAGAAGCACAAGCACAAGCAUAAGCAUAAACACAAGCAUGACAACAAGGAGAAAGAGAAAGAGCCUUUCACUUUCUCCAACAGCCCAGCCAGUGGACGGUCCAUUCACUCACCCUCCUUGUCAGACUGAUGCAAAAGACCCUGGGACGGAGAGAGCCUUGGUGGGUCUUCAUAAUCAAAGCCAAGGUGCCACAGGAGUUCAGAACUUAGACGAGAUCCCAAGUUGCUCUUCUGUUGGUCAGAGGCAUUGAUCACACUCAGACAAGGGGAAUGAAUGAGGGUUUAGGAAUCUUAUCAAAAUGUUCUUCCAGCUACCUGCCUUAUAUUCUUGUUAAUACUUGUGUAUGUUGAACUUCAAAUGGCUUUCAUGAUGUGAAGUAAGUAUUAAACGAAAGCCGGAUGGCCAACCUUCUCAAAAAGCUCUAGUGCUUGGUAUAAUGUUGUAGGACAUAAUUUGAGCUUCCUGAAACAUUUGUAGAAUUCUUUUUUUUUUCCUUUCUUUUUAUUCCUUAACUGUUUCAACUGUCCCACCGCUUUUUAAACUCUUUUAAAAAAAUGAAUUUAACUUGUUUGAACAUGGCAACCUUUGACAGUCAAGUCCAUUGGAUUGUUUACUUUGGCAGGGGAAAAAAUUGCUAUCUAUUCUGCGCUCUGUAAUCAGACUCGUAACUGAGAACGGUGUUUAAACAAAAAUGACAAAACUGGCAAAAGAAGCUCUACCUUAGAAUGCUGAUUAAGGUAUCAACAUUUAAAAUAUAGUUGUGGGAGAGACAACAGGGCAAAAAAUGUCUAGUUUCUCAUCAGAUUGAUGGGAAGCACUUGAACAAAACACUUUUAAAUGUACAGCAAAUAAAGCAUGACGCUGUAAUUUAAAGAGUUUUAUUCAUUGUAAUAAUAAACACCCACCAGAUAGUCUCUUGAAAAGCUGUGAUUAUUAUGUAAAAUAGGACUGGUUUUUAACUUUUUUACUCAAUUCUACGUGAUAUUAUGUUUUUUCGCUCUGUUAAUUUUCUACAAUUUGAGUUGUCUUCACACUAGUCCAGGUUUUUUUUUCCCUUGAGAAUUCAGCCUUAGGCUAAACAUUUUUAUAAUUUUGUGUGCAUAUUUCUUUAGUAUUAUUUAACAUCUGUUUCAAUAGACAACGCUGGUUUACAAAAGAUGAUUAAAUAAGGUAGCCAAAAAGAUUGUGUGUGUUUUUUAAAAAAAUAAA